AUGGUUCGCGACAACCUUACCCUCUCCUCGUGGCUCCUCCUGGGUGGCCUCGUGCAAGGCUGUGCAUUUCUACUGCUGGGUUCCCUGUCCCUGCUUCCGACCGCGGCAAUCCUCCUCUACAGAACCAUCGACCAUCUGCUGAUGGCCUGCCACCUGACCCCCAACCGGUACCUGGCGGGAUCCAUCCCUAUCAAGCGCAGUGCUCAGUAUCCCCGGCCUGAUGGCACCUUUGGCAGUGAACCGGCGGGCGAGUCUAUCGUGGUCUUCCAUUUGGGUGCACGCAACCACCAUCCUCUCGGGAUGUUCGCUCCAGGCAUGAAGGAAUUGGGCGACAGCGCCGAAAAGAUGCAACGGGACAUGCGCGCCAACCCUGUCAAGUACGGUCUGUUGGGCUCCUCGCAAUGGCUGAAGUGCGACAGUGCAGCGGGCAAUGAGUUCAUGACCGUCUUCUACCUCCGCGACUACGCUGCUCUCCAUCAGUUCGCGCAUGAUGAGAUCCACAUGGAAGGGGUGCGCUGGUGGGCUCGCAUCGCCAAGGACCAUCCGCAUCUGGCCCUUUACCAUGAAACCUACCUGGUGCCACGCGGAAACUGGGAGAAUAUUUACAUUAAUGGGUGGCCGACGGGUCUGGCCGAUACCUGGUUUCCCGUGCAGACUCAGGCCGACAAGGAGAAGAAUACCGGAGUGGUUGAGCAAUGGGUGCGACCGUUGGUUGAUGCGCGUGACGGUGCCUUACGGUCGGCCAGUAAGCGGCUGCAGUUGACACGCUUGGAGGGUCGUGAGAAGGAGCACGAUGAUAUACAUUUUGGGUCCGACCACGAUCCGCUGGCCUAUCCUCUGCUAGCCACGUUAGUUUUUCUAGGCGUGACUCGACCUUUUGCAAACCCCCGAUUGAGCCUCCCCGUCGAUAGGAGCAUGGACAAUCCCAACACACUGGUACCAUUCCGUUCGGAAUCUAUGCGCCGUCGAUCCGGUUGCAAGAGAUCGAGAACCGGAUGUCGCACUUGUCGGGCUCGCCGUGUGAAAUGUGAUGAAACCCCCGGCGCAUGCCAGCGAUGUACCUCCACCGGUCGCGUUUGCGAUGGCUACGAACUGCAGAGGCUUCCCUUGGUGAAAGAUUCAUGGUCCAAGAUCAGCGCUGACUUGGGGAGUGGCUUUCGAUGGACCAUCACAUCCGACGAACGCCGCUGUUUCUCCUACUUCCAACACCAUACAGUGCCCACCUUCCGCGAGAUGUACGACUCCUCUCUCUGGCAGCACCUAGUGCUGCAGAUGGGGCAGUCGGAGCCAGCCGUCUAUCAUGCGACCGUGGCCCUCAGCGCCAUUCACCAAGACGCCGAAGCCCGAGGGAUGCCUUUGGCUGCCAACCUGCCCGCGACGUAUCAAGGCCCCUGGCUGCGCUUUGCGCAAGAGCAGCUGGGCCGCGCCUUUCAGACCCUCACGAGGCGCCGGGCCUCACCCGAUCCCCGAUUGCGCAACGUAACCUUGCUCUGCUGUCUGCUCUUCGUCCUGUGUGACCUGCUUCAGGGGCACUACGAUGAUGCCUUUACCCAUCUUCAAAGUGGCCUGCGCAUCCUCCGCGAGCUGCAGGCAGAGCGAGAAUUGGUAGCGCCCACACCCCGGCAGGGGCGAGUUGAACGGUGUCUGGUCGCGGCCUUUGCGCAACUCGACAUCAUUUCCGCCCACUAUGGAGUCGGAGGGCCUCUGUUAUGCAUCGAUUCCCUGCCCGGAGAGUGGCAGUUGGCACCGACUUCGGCGGCCCCCUUUGCUACCCUGGACGAUGCCUGCGCUGCCUUCAACCUUGUCACGAGUGCUGCGUUUCGUUUGGAGAACUCAUGUAUGGGGAUGUCGGAGCAGGAAAUCGCGCGCAACUACGACACCAUUCAGUCAAACCGGCUCCUGGCCCGCUCUCUCGCAUCACGUUUCUGGCAAUCGUUCGAGCCAUUUUACCGGACCUCUUACCAUUUCCUGGAUCGUAAAGAGCAGAGGAGUGCCGAACUUCUUCACCUCCAAUACCUCGGCAUUAUGGUGUCUCUGGAAGUAAACACGCAGGGACACAACGAAGCCGUCAUGGCUUCCUUCACACCAGACCUGGAGGAGAUCGUCUCUUUUGCCGAGUCAAUUAUGGACCGGUUCCCUGAGCGUCCUACCGUCAGUAUCAACCUGGGCGUCGUUCAACCAUUGUACAUUGGGGCCAUUGCCUCUCGCGAUUAUCGCAUCCGAUGGCGAGCCAUUAAACUGCUGCGUGCGUGGCCGCAUCGCGAGGGGCCAUUCGACUCGAAUUGGAUCCUCGCACUGGCCGAGGAGACGCUGCGUUUGGAAUUGCUGGCUGAUCCGGGAGUUAGUGUGCCAGAAGAUGCUGAUUCGGCUUCGUCUCAAGACGAUGAAUUUGCGCCUAAUCGCAUGCUGCAGGACUUGACUCAACGACAUUCGCUACUCAAGCAAAUGUUGGCCCCAACGGCAGAUGAUUUGGACGAUGGAGCAUCCCCAGCAGGCUUGCUAGGCUCGGUCAAAUGGGCGGCUGACUGGUCAUGCAUGCGUGCGUUUAAGGCGAGGUUUUCAGAUCACUAA